UGCUCUGUUGUAGAGAAGUGGGAAAGGUUACGUGUAUGUAUUUUUGUUCUGGCGGGAAAGUUCUUGAGAGGUUCAGUUAGAAUGCGCGUGCGUGAUAUACCGCCGGAUGAGAAAGGCGAUGCAAGAUGUCAGUGCGGAAAGUAUCGGAACCACUGGAGGGCAGUGAUAGAAGCACAACACAAAUGACCAGAGACGGAAACAAAGAGAAGGGUCAACUUCUGACAGCAGCAGGAGACUGUGUUGCCCCCGAAGAAGAAGAUACUGAGAGUCUGACUGAAAGCCCAGUGCAAUGCAAAGAGGUUGGAGCAAUUAUAUCUUUAGCAGACUCUCUCUGCCACAAAGCUGUCCCAGAAGGAUGGGAGAAGAUAAUAAAGCAAAGACAGCGAGGCAAAACGAAAGGAAAAUAUGACAUUUAUUUUAUCAGUCCUCAAGGAAUGACGUUCCGAUCCAAGCGUGCUCUUUCGGAUUACUUUAAAAAGACUGGUGAAAUUGUUCUUAAAUCAGAGGAUUUUGAUUUUAAUGCUCCUAUUCGGAACAGUGUACAAUUGAGAACCAAGGGAUCAAGUAUUGGGGAGCCAGGAGUACAGACCUGUAACUCAAACAGCCAGGUUUCUGAUCUUGGCUUACAAAAUAAUGAUGGUGGACAUGCAGCUAUUCUGCAGAAUGAAGUUUUGGGACUGCGGACUAAGGCCAGGGAGUUGGAAAAUAUUUCUGUCUGUUUGCAAGAUGGGCCCGCAAUAGAUAAUUCAAAGGACUAUUCUUUAGAGACAAACAAAACAAAAAAUUUGGAUGAUGGCCAAAACAAAAGACAGAGAAAAACAUCACAUAAAAAACAAGGAAUGGGAUGUAUUAAAAGAAACAGACAAAAUAAUGGUGUUUGUGCUGUUAAUAGUGAGAGUGUAAAUGAACAGCAAGUGUGCCAGCUAGGCUCAAGAAGAAAGAAAAUACACUUGAAGGAUGAACUGCUGAUUUCUGAACCAACCGUGGAGAUGCAUGUUAAUCCAUCUGCAGCUAUCUUGGAAUGCAAGUCAAGUGCAGGAGUUUUAAAAUGUGGUGAGAGUCCCAGUGAGAUUGUUACUGCAACAACUGUUAAAAACUCUUCGGAGCCUGAAAAUUUGGAAAACUGGAUGCCUUCAGAGAGCCAAGAUAUAAAGUUUGCUCCCAAGGAAGAUAUUAAUGUUUCACAGACCAGUGAUGAGAAUCUCUUUACAUCAGUAAAAGAGGGCCGUUUUCGAAGAACGCAAGUGGAGAGAAGGAAAACCAGUCCAUAUUUUUCCAGUAGAUUCCUCAAAGAAGCUCCAAGCCCCCCAAGACGGAAGGCUUUUCGGAAAUGGACUCCACCUCGUUCUCCUUUUAAUUUUUUCCAGGAAGCACUCUUUCAUGAUCCAUGGAAGCUCCUAAUUGCCACCAUAUUUCUGAAUAGGACUUCAGGUAAGAUGGCCAUCCCUGUUCUUUGGGAAUUUUUGCAGAAAUAUCCUUCACCUGGAGUAGCAAGAACUGCUGACUGCAAGGAAAUGUCACAGCUGCUUAAACCUCUUGGACUAUAUGAACUCAGAGCAAAGACCAUUAUCAAAUUUUCAGAUGAAUAUUUGACCAAACAAUGGAAGUAUCCUAUUGAGUUGCAUGGAAUCGGAAAAUAUGGAAAUGAUUCUUACAGGAUAUUCUGUGUCAAUGAAUGGAAAGAGGUACAGCCACAAGACCAUAAACUGAAUAUUUAUCAUGCUUGGCUUUGGGCAAACCAUGAGAAACUGAACCUUAAUUAACAGCUUUGUACAAAAACACCUUUCUUGGUGUUUAAUGUUUGUUCUUUCUGC